AUGGAUGUGACAGAGCAAGCAUCAAGCAAAGAGGCUACAAAGAUCGAAAACGAAGAGACUUCAUCAGUGGAGAUCAAAGUGUUGUUCUUCGCAAGAGCUCGUGAGCUCACAGGUGUGCCUGAUCUAACACUGAAGAUGCCAUCAGGAAGCACAACACAGAAAUGCAUGGACGAGCUGGUGAUCAAAUUCCCAAAGUUAGAGGAGGUACGUGGAUGUGUCGUUCUUGCUCUCAACGAAGAAUACACAACAGAUUCCGCCAUUGUUAAACACAGAGACGAGUUAGCCAUCAUACCUCCAAUCAGUGGAGGCUAA